AUGCGCUCCUACCUAUCCAUCGCCUCCCUAGCCCUCCUCAGCGCUCUCGCCUCCGCCCAAACCGCCUGCAACAACUCCCCCUCUCUCUGCUCCCGCGCCUACAGCAACAUAACGCAUCUCGGCGCACACAACUCCCCCUUCGUCCGCGACGCCUCAACGUCCUUCUCCGUCUCCGGCAACCACUUCUACAAUAGCACCGUCCAGCUCGACGCCGGGGUGCGGCUUCUCAGCGCACAAGUCCACAACCGCAAUGCCAACGGCGGCGGUGCACCUGCCUGGCAUCUGUGCCACUCAUCAUGCGACCUGCUCGACGCCGGACCACUGAGCAGCUGGCUCGGGGAGAUCAAGACAUGGAUGGACGGCCACCCCACCGACGUGGUGACCCUCCUCCUCGUCAACGCCGACGCCGCGACCGCCACCGACCUGCACGCCCAAUUCGCCGCCGCCGGCAUGGCGCAAUACGGCUACGUCCCCGCCGUUCCGGGCCCGACAGGCGAGUGGCCGACCCUCGAAGCCCUCAUCGCAGCCAACACCCGCCUCGUCACUUUCGUCGCCAGCCGCGUCGCCGCAGCGGAGACGGUGGCGCCCUACCUCCUCGACGAGUUCACGCACGUCUUCGAGACGCCCUUCGACAACACGGCCUUCAGCGACUUCUCGUGCCUGCCUGACCGGCCUGCCGCGCUGGCGGGGGAUCCUGCGGCCGCGAUCGCGUCGGGGCGGCUGCCGCUCAUGAACCAUUUCUUGUACGAGACGCAGGCGUUCUUUGAUAUCCCGGCCGUUGACAACGUCACGACGACGAAUGCGGUGGAGGGUGUGGGCAGUUUGGGGGAGCAUGGGACGAGGUGUACGGGGAUUUGGGGACGCGUGCCGAGUUUUGUGCUGGUGGACUUUUUCAAUGUGGGACCGGCGGUUGAGAGCGUGGAUCGGUUGAAUGGGGUUACGAGCGCUGUGGGCAGACGGAAUCUUGGGGAUGAGGUGGUCAUGUCGCGUGGGCAGCAGAAUGCGCAGGGCGCGGCUGCUGGGAGGGCGGGAGCGGCGGCGUGGGUGGUUGUGGUGCUGGCCGCGGUUGUGAGUAUGCUGGUGUGA